GGCAGGCACAGCGCGGGCCGCAGGUACGAGCGGAGCCGGCGAGCGGAGCGGAGGAGAGCGGCCGGGCCGGCGCGGCCAUGGGGAAGGUGCAGCUCUUCGAGAUCCGCCUGGGCGAUAGCCGCGUCGUCUACAGCCCCGGCGAGCCGCUGGCCGGCACCGUCACCGUGCGGCUCUCGGGCUCGCUGCAGUACCGAGCCAUCAAGGUGAGCUGCAUUGGGUCCUGUGGGGUGUCCAACAAGAUCAAUGACACAGCAUGGACUGUGGAGGAGCAGUACUUCAACAGCACGCUGUCCCUGGCAGACAAAGGGGUCCUGACAGCUGGAGAGCACAACUUUCCCUUCCAGUUCCUGCUGCCAGCUUCUGCUCCUACAUCAUUUGAAGGCCCUUUUGGCAAGGUCCUGCAUCAGGUGAAAGCUGUGAUAGACACACCUCGCUUCUCCAAGGACUACAAAUGCAACAAGAUCUUCUACGUUCUCUGCCCUCUCAACCUGAAUGACAUCCCUGACAUCGAGCAGCCCAACACCAUGUCCAUCACCAAGAAGUUCAACUACAAGCUUGUGAAAAGUGGCAACAUCGUCCUGACAGCCACGUCUGACCUGAAGGGCUACAUCGUGGGCCAGGCCAUCCAGCUCCGCACAGACAUUGAGAACAAGUCCGGCCGCGACACCGGCGCUGUGGUGGCCAGCCUGCUCCAGAAAGUGGCCUACAAAUCCAAGCGCUGGAUUUACGACCUGAGGACCAUCGCUGAGGUGGAAGGCUCAGGGGUGAAAGCCUGGAAACAUGCAGAAUGGAAGGAGCAGAUCCUGGUUCCAGCACUGCCACAGUCCAUUCUGCAGGGCUGCAGCCUCAUCCACAUUGACUACUACAUCCAGGUCUCUCUCAAGUCUCCAGAGGUUUCUGUCACUCUCCCCAUCUACAUUGGAAACAUUGCUGUGAACAGGGUCCCGCUGAGCCCCUCCCGCUCCAUCCAGCACAUCCCAUCUGUGGUGGUCCCCAGUGCCCCCCCAGAGGAAGAGGAGGCUGCCAGUGGCUAUCACCCCAUGGACAAUGUCUCCAUCCCCACCAAAAGCCACUCCCAGCAGCAGCCCUUUAGCUACGCCCCAGGACUGAGCUUCCAGGAGAUUCGGGCGGACUCGGAGCAGACGGGCUCCCCAAACCACCCCACACUCUGCCUGUCCACGGGAGCCACUGUCCCCUACUACGCUGAGGGGAACGUGGUGCCUGUCCCCACAGCCAGCUCACUCAUCCUGCCCCCGGAGUACAGCACGUGGGGAUACCCCUACGAGGCACCUCCAUCCUACGAGCAGAGCUGCAGCAGUGCCAACUCCAGCAUCAGCAAUGGCAAUUAGCCCUCCCCUGCUCCGACCCCACCAGUGCUGCCCACCCUGGCACCACGGGGCACCCGCCUGUGGCAAAGUCUGGUACAGCACAAGGCGUCUUCUUGUCUCUCUGGCUGCUUUGGGGGGGAACUGCCACAUCCCAGCCUGGGCUUUUUAAGUCUUUUUCUAGGGAGGGGGUAAAAAACCAAAAAGGGCAGCCAGAGCAGCCUGCAUGUGUGUAGGAGAGGUCUGGGAAACUGAACAGUCUCCCGCUGCUGCACCAAGUGCUGGAGAGCUGGAUGUGGCCCUGGGCCCUGGGCAGCAGCCUGUUCCAGUACUGUAGUCAACACUAACUGCUUUACUAUCAAAGCACCUGCAAUGCCUUACCUGAAACGCUCCUGACUUGGCACAGCUCCACUCUAAGGGAAGGCUGGGCUGUGUGGACUUGCUCUCCUCUUUUAGGGGCUGUGUGCUCUCCACAAAUGGUUUUGACAGCCCUUCCUCCUUGUCCUCAGAGGUCCUAAGGGUAGCAGGAGGUUUCUUGGAGUAAGCAGGUUCGGAAGGUCAGGGACUUAAAAAAAGCCAAAAGCACAAGCCCUCGCUGUACCUGAGCUGUGGGGGAGUGACUGGCAGUGUGAGUGGCCAUGGGCACGGGGGGGCUCGUGGGGGCACUUGCUGAUGAGCCCUGGUGAGCUCUGGGGAAGAUCCUGCUGUAGGAUGGGGUGCCCUUUUCCAGCACGGCUGGCUUUUCCCCACAGAGCCCUGUGGGACACAGCCCACCCUUGCUCACUGCUGGGCCCGGGCACGCAGGACAGCAGCACUGCUCCCUCUGCAGCAGGGGCACCACACUCCAUGUCCCUGCAGGGUGCCCUCUCCUCCCAGGCUGCAGUUAUGUGACCAUCAAUCACAAAAGUCUGUCUGAUGCUACCUCUGAGUCUGCCCGGGGGCCCUGCCCGUGGGAUCCCUCUCCGUGGGGCUGUCCCUGGGAAUGGCUGUGCCUGCCCAGGCAGCCCACAAGGUGUUGGGUGCUGGGCCAGGGCCCUGUGGUGGCACUGGUUUGCUGUGUGUCCCCUGGGCCUGAGCAGAAUGUGACAAUCAACAUGGCCCGUGUGGGAGCUGCAGCCUCCGCUGCACCCAGCAGUCGGGGGAUCGAGCUGGGUUUUCUCGACAUUUUUCUUUUGUGCUUUUUCCCCCCACACACCUUGUUUAGAUUGUUUAGCAUUGACUGCCCAAGCUGAGGAAACCACAAGCCACGUCCCUCAGAGCCACAGGUGCCCAGCCAGGCUGCAGUUGUGGCCUCCAGACCUUUGGCACCUCAGAGCUGUCCCCACAUGGCCCAGACUGGGCAGGCAAUACCUGACAGACCUUUAGGAGCAUUUCCAGCCGCUGCCUCCUUGCUCAGCCACCUCUGCACACCCUUCAGGCAGCUGGGACAGGCCCUGCUUUGCACUCUUUCUUUGCAAAUGCUUUUUUAUUUUUUUUAAGCAUUGAACUGCUUUAAGGGUAGUGUAGCAAAGGUGCCAUUCUGAGCAGUGCUGGCACAACAUGCACCAAUGAUGGUAGAGUGAUUGUCAUUGUCCCUGAAUAUAUAUAAAUAUAUAUAUAUAUGAGAUGAAGUUGUUUUUAAUGAUUGAAUUCAGAAAUACAAAUUUUAAUGCUGUAUUUAAUAAAUUAUUCUAUGAGAAAUGCUGUGCUUUUUCAUCCAUUUCUGAUGCUAUCCAUGUGCCUGUUCAUGCCAAAUCAGGAAUGCACCUUGCUGAUUUCUUACAAAAUGAAGUUUUUUUGCUCUCACCAGGAAGGGUGGUGAACUCUGCCAAGGCAGCUUGGGGAAAACAAACACAGUGUGGCCUGACCACAGUGCCAGGCUCUUAAUUCCACAUGGCUGGAGGGAAUUUGGCCACACGUGGGAUUGGCUCUGGAGAGAGCAGCCACUGCACUGCUGCAUCCCAGGCCCUGUGUCCUGAAGCCAGGAUUUGUCCAAGUGGCCCAGGAGUCCUGGGCAGUGCUCACUGCUGGCAGGGGAGGAGGGGGAGAGCAGAGACUGCCUUUAGGAGGAUUGAAUUGGCAUAGCCACAGUUUGGCUGGAAAGGCUGGAGACCACCAGCCCCAGCCCUCUCCUAAAGAGCCAUUUGGAAUAAACUUAUUCAAAGAGGAAGAAGGCUCCUCCCCACAACCCACUUUGGUCAUCCCAUGGCUGAAGCAUGCCAGUGUUGCCUAAAUGUUGUCACUGCAGGUAGCCUGGGGUGUGAUCUGUGUCUCAGACACAAAGAUCCUUCUUCAUUCUCUUCUCAGCUUAUGCUUCUGCCCAGCUCCCAUGGUUCAGACUCUCCUUUGUCGGGUGGUCCAGCCUGCCAUGAGCAGCACUCUUCAUCCACAAUGGGCCAAAGGCAGGUACAGCUCUUCCCCAGUGCUCUUCCUCUUCCUCCCACUUGGCUGAACCUGUCUUGCCUGGCUCAGUCUGCAGGUCCUGUGGCCUUCCUUGCUGUUGGCUGUGCAAAUCCUUGAACCCAAAUCCCUUCCACACCCCUGGAAAAAUUCCUAUGAGCUGUCAAUGCUUCUGGACCUGCUGGGUUGGGCUGCAGGCUGCUGACCCAGCCAGGCUCUGGGAGAGGCAGGCAGGGCUGGGAGCAGGACUGGUCUCCCAGCUCCUUCUCCAUCCCUGGGGCUGAGCUGCUGCUGAUGUGUCCAGCCCAUGUUCCUUGGCUGGAAAAUGUGAUUUCUCUUUGGUUGCUGUGGCCAGAGCCACUGGGCUGUUUUUCCAGAUUCCCAGCCAGGAUCUGUCCUCCUUGUUCCACCUUUGUUUUGGGAAUGUCCUUGUUCCACCUUUGUUUGGGAAUGGCCCAUCCAUGGUGGAGGCUUUGGAGGAGGGAGCCCUCACCCAAGGCCGUGCCCUGUCUGUGCAGUGCUCCUGUGCACCUCAGCUCGCUCUCCCAAAUUAUAUUUGCUACAAACUGGUCUUUGGGCCUCUUGCUGUACACUUUGCAAAGCAAGGAGCAAAUGGGGGCACUCUUGUCUGGUGAGGAGUUCCAUCACCACCAGCUGCUGUGGAGGGAGCAGGAAGGAGCUGGAGCUACACCUCAGGGUGGGCUUCAUCCUUUUGGAGGCCAGGGCUGCUCCCCAGCCCAGCUGCUGUGCAGGGGCCCCUGUCAGCCCUGUGAGGUGGCUCUGGCCAGGGUGCAGCAGGGUGCACCCAGAGCUGGCUCUGAGCAGCCUCAUUGUGCAGGAGAAUUGACAUAACAAGUGACAAUCAGUGCUUUCCAACCCUCCUGCCCUGCCUUGGCUGUGCAGAGAAGUGAAACCUGUCACAAAGAGCCUGGCUGAUGUUUUAUGGAGCCCUUUGAAAUGGGCCAGGACUGCAGGAUGGAGGGGCUGGUUCACCUCUCCUUGAGCCCCCCUGCAGGGGUGGCCCCAGGGCACUGUCAGCAGGUCCCUGGGGAGGGCUUUGGAUGUGGGGCAAACCCAGUAUUUGGGGUUGAGUUUGGACUCACCCUCUCCAGAGAGGAUCACCCCCUCUGUCCUCUGUCCACAGCCUCUCUGGCUUCCACCUCUUGGGGAGCUCCUUUAGGCCCUUGAUCACCACUUCCUCCUCUUGCUAAACACUGAAAUAAAGAGGAAAAGCCAAUUUUUCUGAUCACAGCUCUGGGGAAAGAACUCCAGCAUGUAGGGAUUCAUUCAAAUUCCUGGCUCAGAUCUUUGAAGAAAUUGUUUUUGAGUUUGUUUGAAAUGGGGAAGGGGAGCAGUGGGGCACGAGAGAAGGUUGUGAGUUAAUUGUUUCCAAACUCAGUGUUCAAUGGAAAACACCAAAAAUAUCAUCAGUUCUUUUUCUUUUUUUUUCCCUGCUGCUUUUAUGUACUUCAUGGUUUUGUUCUUUUCCUACUCUCCACACGUUUCACCUCCAUAUCUUUGGUAUUUUCAAUGUUGUGUCCUAAACUUUGCUUUGGCAUCUGCUGUCCCGCUGCCUGCAGGAGAUGGGGGAAGGGGAGCUGGGGGAUGCAAAGGCUCUUCUUUCUUUUGGACAAUUAUUCUUUUUUAGCUUUCCACUGAAUUUCCAGGAGUUUUGUAAAAAUAAAUAUUUUCUGCUAGGAUGUUUUCCUGUUAAGCCAGCACAAGACAGGACAUACAGGGUGUUCUAGGCUCCAUUUGGGUUUUAUUCUAUAUUUUAAAAUAUUUGCAACUAUCUGCAACAAGAAUAUCCCAUCCCUCCUCCCCAAGAGAGACUGGCGGGGUAAAACCCACAAAACUUGUGCCCAUUCUUGUACCACUACUCAUGGCUGUAAUUCUUUAUUCCUGUGGUUCUCUUUACAGAUUUUGGGGUUUUAUACAAAAAUUUGUGAUGGCUCUGUACAACCUAAGACUUCUGUGCAAUUUAUAACUGGGUUUUGAAAUGUAAACUCGCAGUUUUCCAUGUUUACCACAGCUUCUGGGGAGUAUUUUUGUCCUGGGUUUUAACCCCCCAAAUGUAAAGAACUGGAAAAAUGUAAAUAAAGAUGAUCUUUUUUAAGACCAA